GGAGCUGAAGGAGUCUGAGGAGCACAGCCAAGAUUUAGCUUUAAUAUUGAGUCACUUCCUCUUGACUGGGUUGAUGCUGUGACCUCAUGAAGCAAGUCAGCAGGGUUUCCUCCAGAAUCGGCGCCUUCCCGAGGUGCUGACCCACGCAUUCUCCGCACGACGCCGCAGUCCUCUCAGCUGAUCAUCAUUACCACUACAAAUUGAAUCACCCUCAGGGAGGAGACUGAAACACUCUGCAGACGGCUUCACAGGUUUCCCAGCGGACAGCAGAUGUUUUUCUUUUCUUUUACCAUGCACUGCCUCAGCAAGGAGAGCGGACUGUGAACUCCAAAACUAUCCGGAAGACGACCUUGAUCAAAGACUGGAACGCCACUCUAGUCGAGACUCAAUAACCCCUGGACACCCGGCCGGACCCAUGGCUCGUACACCUCUCCUGGUUUUGCUUUGCAGUCUACCUUUGGCAACCAGCUUGUACUGCUACACGUGUGAGUUUCCAGCCAUCAGUCCUCUGGAUUGCCUGAAGUUGCCGCUAAAAUGCUCAGAAGGACAACAAUGCCUGUCCAGUACUGCAACGGCAAGACAUGGCCCACUUGAACUGACCAUGUAUGAGAAGAGCUGUGCCGUGGCUUCCCAGUGUGGCUUGAGUGGGCAGAAGUUCUUUUCCGGCGUCUCCUUCAACUACACCAACAUCUGCUGCAAGAAAGACCUGUGUAACACUGCCACCGCCCUCCGCUGGGGAGGUGCACUACUGUGUCUACUGCCGACCCUCAGCCAACUGCUGGCCUGAGCUGAGCCAGGGAGCAACUGGAGCUCACAGAAAAUGAAAUAGUUAACAGUGCAGCCCCUUUUGGCCCCCAUUAUUACAAACCUUUCCACCAGUACAGCAGUAAAGGUGCGUUGUUGCUGCCCUCACGCCGUCACCAUGACCACAGAAACGAAACCGAUGAGAAAAUACAAAACGUUGAUUUAUUUGGAGGGAAACAGUUCUACAUUCUUGCAAUGAUGGGGCACAACCAAAUUACAACGACGCUUUAAAAGUCUUUCAAAUAAAACAGCUAGGAAAGCGAUCAACUGCUUGAUUCAGUUCGAAGUAACAAUGAGUGAGAGCCAAAGAAUUCAAGCGCAAGGGUGUCUCCUUCACUGGACCUGGAUACACCAAUAACAUUUGUCCAAAAAAAAGCGCAUUGUUGACAGUUAAAAUGAGAUUUUUUUUUAAAAUCUAAAAUUGCACUUACGGUUCAUAUAUAAACUUGAAAUUGUGCAUAAAGAACACUCAACAACAAACCGGAACACUUCCUGAAAUUAUUGCAAAUACGCAACUGUUUUGUAAUAAACAAAGUUUGACUUGCUGAUAUAGGUCUUUUAAUUUUGUCUGAUUUGGUCCCACGACACUCAACAUGAGGUAAUUCAGGCAGCUACAAUCUGGUCCUCUUGCUUGACAAAAGUCAAGACACAUGAUGCCAGCAAUCCCUUGCCAUAUUGUGGUUCACUUCUCUCAGUACAUCACUGAUUUUCCAGCAUUUUUUAAAGACUGUUUUAGACAGACUUGCAGGACUCUCUGAGCCACAUGUUUGCAUCUGUGUCAUCGCAGUCUUGCUCUGCAGCGCAGUGAUCUGGUGUCAAAUUGUCUGUCGUGGGAGCAAAGUUUUCUUUUGGACAACCACCUCCUGCAAAAUUCAAAUUGCACUUUCAUGAUUAUGACUGUCACAAUUUCUGGCUCAAUUUUUUUUCUCGAAAAUGUAAUCCUUUUUCAUCACUAAUACAACAAAUUUCAGCAAUCUGUU